AUGAUGAAUGAUCUGAGUUCUAAUAAAACUCAAAACAAUGAUGACAAAAGUUUCUCAUAUAAAACAGAUGUAAGCUUUAAAGAAAACAAUAACAAUCAUACUAUAAAUAUGAAUACAUAUAAUAAUGCUUCGAAUAGUUAUAAUGAAUUAAAAAAAGACAUAAACGCAGUUAAUGCAAUAAAUGUGAAAUGCCUAGUUAAGGAAACAUGCGAAAAUAUAUUUAACAAAAAUGAGAAUGAAAAUAAUAUAAAAAAUGAUAAAAAUGAAACAAAUACUAAAUUUAAUAAUUUAUGUUCUUUACCAAAUGAAGAUGUAAAAGAUGAUACGUCAUAUAAUAGUUUUUUGAAAAAUAAAGUUAUAAAUAUUAAUUAUACUAAUAAUAUUUCAACAACUAAAAAUAAAUGUUCAGUAGAUGGUGGUUAUAACAAUGGUUAUGAUAAAACAAAUUUUAUAAAAGAAGAAAUGCAAUGUGUUUCAAACCAAAUUAAAAAUGAAGAUAUUUGUAAUACAAUGGAUUAUGAAGUAAAUUAUAAUUUAAAAAAUACAAAAAAUGAGAUGAAAAAUUCAAAAUCUUUAAACAUUUAUAACAACAAUGAUACAAAUGACUCUAAUAAUAUUAUUGAUGAUAAAAACCCCAAUUUUAAUGAUAUUAAUAAUGAUAAUAACAAAAAUGUUAAUAAUAAUGAUAAAGAAAAUAAUUUUUUUUGCUCCAGAAAUAAAAAUUCUAAUGAUAAUAGCAAUACAUCGAACAGAGAAAAAGGGAAUAACUAUGCGGAUAAAUCCUUAGGUAAUGACAAUCUAGAAAAUGAUUCUUAUUUAAAUAAUGAAAUAUAUUUUAAAGAAAUAAAGGAAAAUGAACAUAAAAAUUUUUAUGAAAAAGAAAAAAAUAAUGAAAAUUUUCAAAUUAGUAAAACUUUUAAUACAAAUUUAGAUGAAAAAAACAGUCAUGAUAACUUAAGUGAUGACAAAUUAAAAGGCACUAAUGAAGUUAGUUUAAAUAGUAACUCUUUAAAUAACAAGGAUUCAAAAUUUUAUAAUAAUAUAAAAGAAGAUUACAAAAAUACAAUUAAUUCAAAGGAAUAUAAUAAUAAUUUUGGUAAAAAUGAAAAAGAAAAUGAAUAUAAUUCAAAAGAUAAUGAUUUUUCAACUAAAAAUAAAUUAAAUACAUUAAAAAAUGAAUUAAUAACCGAUGGUAGCAGUGAAAAUGAAAAUAAAAUUAAUAUAAAUUCUUUAUAUAUAUAUCAAUCUUCAAAAAAUGAAAAAAAUGAUGAAGAAGAUAGUCAAAACAAUAACAAUAAUGAAAAUUUUAAGCUAAGUAAAAAUAAAUUUACUACUGGUGAUGAAAAAGAAAAAAUUCAUUUUUCUAAUGUUGAGAACAAUCAGUCAAGCUCAAAUAAAAUUAUAAAUUCUAUGAAUGAUGAUUUAAUAGAUAUGUACUGCUAUGAAAAUUACAAAAAUGAUAAUAAUUUACGUUGUUAUAAUAAGGAUAUAGAAAGUAAUGAAUGUUCUAAUUUUAAUAAAGAAAAUAGUAGAAAUAAUCAUAAUGAAUCAAAUGAGGAAAGCGUUUUAAAUGAUAAAAUUAAGUUAAACGGUGAUAAUAAAUUAAAGGAAGAUACUAAUAUAAAUAAAGUCAUUUGUAUACAUAAAGAUAAUAACAUAAAUAAUAAUUUUGGUGGGGAUAACGAUUUAAAUAAAGAUAAAAAUAUAAAUAUAGAUAAAGAUUUAGGCGAAGAGAAUAAAUUAAAUAACCACAAAAAUAUCAAUAAUGAAGAUAAAUUAAAUAAAGAAAACAUAUUAAUUAAAGAUACUAAUUUAAAUAUUCAAAAUAGUCUAAAUAGGGAUAACGUCUCUAAUGAAGAAAAUAAUAUCAUAAAUAGUAAUAAUUCAAAUAGUUUUGAUAAUAGUAUAAGGGAUAAUAACUUUUUAAAUAGUUGCAACAAAAAUGAAGAAAGUAAUCAUAAAAUUAAUAUGAAUGAUGAUAACGAAGCUAGUAUUUGUUAUAAUAUAAUUAAUUUUGAUGAUAAUUUAAAGAAUGACAAUAAUAAAUUAAAUACAAAUAAUAAUUCUGACAUUAUUAGUAGCAUUAAUAACAAUAAUUAUAAUAAUAACAAUAAUAGUUAUUUUGAUAAAGAGAACACUUCUGGUAGUAAUUUGAAUUCAUAUGAUUCAAACAUUUAUGUUUUAAAUGAUUAUAAUUUAAAUAAUUACAAAACAAAUAAUAUUAACCUAAAUAAUUCCAAUUUAGCCACCGAAAAUAUAGAAAAUGCAAACGAAGGUAAAAAUGAAAUAAAAUAUAAUGAUGAAAUUGAUAUCAAUAUUGAAACAAAAACAGAUAAAUAUUUGAAUAAUAAUAUGAAAAAUAUUACAAGUAAUAAUAAUAACUAUAAUUAUAAUGAAGAAACUACAAAAAAUAUAUGUUCAAAUGAAGAAAAUAAAAAAUCUACAAUCAACAUAGAAAAUGAAUUAACUAAUUUAAAUUUAGAAAAAAAUUGUGAAUUAAAAACGAAUAUAAAUAAUGAUGAAACGUUAAAUUCACACUUAUCAAAAGGUAAUGAAGAAAGAAAAUUUUUUUUUCAAAGUGAAAUACCUUUUUCUAUGGGUAUGGAUAAUAUUAAUGACAAUUAUAAUAAUACAAACAGAAGUUUCGAUGAUGCUUUAUAUAAAAAAGAAAAUAACUUAUCAGAAAAUUUUACAUAUAAAAGUGAUAACAAUAACAAUGUUAACUGUAAUAAUAACAGUGACGAUAAUAAUACUAAUAGUAAUAAUAAUAGCAUAAACAAUAAUAAUACAUAUGAUAAUUACAGCUUCAUUGACAAAAAUAGAAAAGAAAUAUUUAGUAAAAAUGACUAUAAGAAUAAUAAUGAUAUAAAUAGCUUUAAUAAAGUAAACCCACAUUGUACUAAUUCAAAUGAAAACAAUAAUGACUCUUAUUUAUGUAUAAACGAGGAUAAAUUAACUGAAAAAAACAUAAAUAAUGUAAAUAAGAAUGAACUAGAAAAGUAUAAUGAUUCAAAAAAAGAAAAAGAAACAGAUUUUAAUUGCACAGAAAAUAUAAAUAUUAAUUCAAAAGAUGUUAUUUCACGUGAUUUAAGUGAAAAUGAUUAUUCUACUAUAGAAAAUAUAAACAAUGAAAAUAAAGAAUUAGAUUCUACAAAAAAAAGAAAAUUAAAAAAACAAAGGUCAAAUGAAUAUAAAAAAGAGAAACUUAAUAAUGAUCAAAUUGGCAUAGAGAAUAAAAUUGGUGAGGUAAAAAGUAAUAAUAAUAAAAGAAGAAGAAAUAGCUUUUUAAAUGAUGAAAAAAAAAAGGAAAGGAAAAUAGUUAUGCAAAAUAAAAGAAUGAAUGAAUAUAAUGAUAAUAAUAUAAACACAAGUUAUAAAUAUAUGAAUACUAAUUGUUACAUAUCAUCAAAAAUAAAUAAAUUAAAAUUAAAAACUUAUUUAAAUAAUGUAGAAAAUGCAAAGUUAAAUAGAAAUUUUGAUGAUUUCAAUGAAAAUAUAAAUUUACCAUUUAAACAGAAUGAUAAUUUUUACAAUACGAAUGAAAACAAUUUGUUGAUGAAUUCAUUAAAUAAUAGAAAUAUAAAUAAAUCUUUUAUAAAAAGUAAUAUAAAUGGACCUUCUAAAAUAGUUGAAAAUACAAGACAAUCAAAUAAUAAUAACGAUAGCAAUAGUAAUAAUAAUAUUAAUAAUAAUAAUAAUAGUGAUGACGAUGACAAUAAUAAUAAUAAUAAUAACAUAAAUAAUAUAAAUAAUAAUUUAGAUUAUAUGCAAUUACAGAAAAAAAAUGUAUAUGAGCCUUAUGAUGAAUACAUGAAUAUAAUAAACAGCAAAAAUAAUAAUGUUUCUAAUGAUUAUGAUACAUCUCAAGAAAAUGAUAAAUCAAAUAAAUGCAAUAAAGUAGAUUUAAAUGAUAAGAAAAAAAGUAAAAAUGAUAGCGAAACAUUAUUACCAAUAGCAAAUAUAAGUAGAAUUAUGAAAAGAAUACUACCUAUAUCAGCAAAAGUAGCAAAAGAAAGUAAAGACAUUAUAAGAGAAUGUGUAACGGAGUUCAUUCAGUUUUUAACUAGUGAAGCAAGUGAUAGAUGCUUAAAAGAAAAAAGAAAAACGAUUAAUGGAGAAGACAUUUUAUUUUCUAUGGAAAAAUUAGGAUUUAAUGAUUAUGUAGAACCCCUAUCCGAAUACCUAAAUAAAUGGAGACAACUAAAAGGAAUAAAUAACUCAAAUAGCAACCAAGAGAGAAAAUUUGAUAAUUUUAAAAAAACGCAAGAGAAAAAUAAUGUAUUGAAUAACAGUAGAAACGAAGUUAAUAUGAAUAAUAAUGCACUUAUGAAUAUCAAAAGAGGAAAUGUUUAUUCGAAAGAUAAUUAUAAUUUAAUUAAUAAUGUUUAUCAUCAAAAUGAAAUAUAUGACAAUAAUAUAAAUCCAUUAUUAUAUUCUAAUUCCAAUGAAGGUGAUUUCAUUAACAGGAUUUAA